UUGAGAGACAGAGGCAGCAGUAGCCGGGCUUAGAUAUAUUCCCCUCUCUCUGAAUAUAAUUUGAGAUUUAGAUUCAUCUUAAAUCCAAGGGAAAACACUUUGUAGAGGUUGAAAGCUGUGUAGUUGCAACAGCUGGGGUUAUGAGCUAUCAAAUGCAAUUACAUUAAAACAGAUUAUACUGUGCAAAUUGAGCCAUUUAGAAGGUGAGAACCAAAGAAACCGCUCUGAUCCCCCCUUUUUUUCUAAAUUGCAGUUUUAGUUCCUUGCAAUUCUGAGGUACAAAAGUAGGUGAGACUGCUUUUGUAUCUGCAAAGUGCUUCAUUUCUGAAUGUAAUUCUAACUGAGUGCAAUCUAGGUUAAAAGCUGGACAACUGGGUAAUUAGAGCUCACUGGCUGCUAAAGGACGAUCAGCUGUGCUGUGGCUCAUCUGUGUUCCCAGAGACUAGUUCUCUUCUUCCCUGAGUGAAGGCUGCUGGAGACCGAGCAUCUGUACCCGGACUCCUCUUGAUCCCUGAGAUGAUGGUGCUGGACAAGGAGGACGGUGUGCCGAUGUUAUCUGUACAACCAAAAGGGAAACAGAAAGGCUGUGCUGGCUGCAACCGAAAGAUCAAGGACCGCUACCUUCUGAAGGCCUUGGAUAAAUAUUGGCAUGAAGAUUGUCUAAAAUGUGCCUGCUGUGACUGCCGCCUUGGAGAGGUUGGAUCAACUCUUUACACAAAAGCAAAUCUCAUUCUCUGCCGCAGAGAUUACCUGAGGCUCUUUGGUACCACCGGGAAUUGCGCUGCUUGCAGUAAACUGAUCCCUGCCUUUGAGAUGGUGAUGAGGGCCAGAGAUAAUGUUUACCAUUUGGACUGCUUUGCCUGCCAACUCUGCAACCAGAGAUUUUGUGUGGGAGACAAAUUUUUCCUGAAGAACAACAUGAUCUUGUGUCAGAUGGACUAUGAGGAAGGGCAGCUGAAUGGAAGUUUUGAGUCCCAAGUUCAAUAACGAUCCCUGCUUUGCUGAAGCACUGUGGGAUGGACGUUCAGCCACACAAGCAGUGAGGGGCGUCUGUCAGCUUGCCUGCAAUAUUUUUUUAAUUCUUGGUCCAGAAAGGACUAUAUACAUUGUAGUACUUUUUUCCCGCCCCCAACACAAAGCAGUUACAAAUUUAGAUGUACAGUUGUGCCUGCUUAGCUGAGCACUGCAUUGCCUGUAUGUUUGUGAGUUUUUUGGGGUCUGGGGGAGGGCUCUGUACAGUCUGAUUUCUGUAUAUAAACUGGAACAUUUAUUUUAUGAAAAAUGUAAUGCAAUUUUAUUACUGGUGUGAAUUAAAAAUUAUGAAUGUU